AUGGCGAAGGUUAUGGACAAAGACAGGCUUUCUAAUAUCAGAAUGCACUCGUCUUUAGCCCUUUCAACAAAUAGGAAAUCAUCCACGCGUCUUAGUCAGCAGCGACCACCAUCUAACAGACAACAAAUGGAGUACCGUCCUAUCAAAGUCAUCGGUCAGGGUGCAUUCGGCAUUGUAUAUUGUGCCAGAGCUGUUGACGGUUCAAUUGUGGCUAUUAAAAAGGUUUUGCUCGAUCCUCGUUAUAAAAAUAGAGAACUUGAAACGAUGCAAGAAAUCAACAACAGAUAUUGUAUUCGUCUAUGUUCAGCCUUUAAGACACCCGGUAGGAAGCCAAAGGAAUAUUAUUUGAACUUAGUCAUGGAUUAUUUACCACUCUCACUCCACCAGUUUAAUAUGAAUUACCGCAAAGAAAGAAAAUAUCCACCACUUCUUUACGUCAAAUUAUUUGCCUUCCAAAUGUUUGCAGGACUAAAUUACAUCCAUUCUAUCGGUGUUACCCACCGUGACCUCAAACCGCAAAACAUUCUCUGCGAUAUGGAAUCUGGUGAACUCAAAAUCUGCGAUUUUGGUUCGGCAAAGCAACUCGUUCCCGGUGAAAAAUCUGUUUCUUAUAUCGCUUCUCGUUACUAUCGUGCUCCUGAGCUCAUUUUCGACUGCGUUUACUAUACAUCAGCUAUUGAUAUAUGGGCUGGUGCAUGUGUUGUCGCUGAAAUGCUCAUGGCUGGUAUGCCGAUUUUCGCUGGUGGCAGUUCGUUAGGACAGCUCCACGAAAUUGUCAAAGUAUUAGGCCCGCCAACAGAAGAUGAUAUGAAUUCGUUCCAGCAUGGAGCAGAUAUUCCUCUUUCAUCAAAUCCAGGAAUUGGCCUUGAAAAUGUUUUACCACGCCACACACCACCGGACAUCAUGGAUUUGUUGAAGAGUAUUUUCAUAUACAAUCCAUCUAAAAGACCAACAGCCCUCGAAUGCAUCAAACAUCCUUGUUUCGAUGAAUUGUUCGAUCCUGAGCUCAAGAUGCCAAGUGGUCGUCCAUUCCCAUUCCUAGAUAGAAGCGGACAAAGUAUUGAAUAA